AUGUACUACGGCGUCCCGAUCCCUGAGGCGUACCGGGUCUUGUGCUUGGCCGAAGACGUGCACACCAAUGUAUAUGUAGGCAAGGAGAGGUGCUGCUUGGGGUGGAACGGCAGCUUGAAGAACGCGACGUAUGACAAGGUGGCCAAUAGCGCGGGAUAUAACAUCCGGUUCCACUGUCCGGGGGAUGAGUAUAUCAGUGGGUAUCAGACGGCGGUGCGGUUUGGGGCUACGUGCACGGAGGCGUGCAUGUUUGGGGAUUUCGAUAGGGCGGAUCUGGAUAGGCCGUGUGGUUACAAGAAGUGA